AUGAAGUGUGUAAUUGGUGAUGGAGCUUCUGCGAGUUUCUGGUAUGAUUCAUGGACAUCUCUAGGACCUCUAAUUGAGGUUUCAGGAGAGAGCGGUCCUCGGAGUAUGAGGCUGAGAAAGAGUGCUUCUGUUGGUGAUGCAACAAGGGAUGGGGCAUGGCACCUACCACCUGCAAGGUCACCUGAAAUUCAAGAGAUCCAGACAGCAAUCAAUGCAGUAGAGCCGCCAGCUCCAUCAAAUGGACCAGACAUUUUUCAAUGGCGUAAGUCCAAUGACACUUUUGGCUCUGCGUUUUCCUCCAAAGUCACUUGGGAGAACCUUCGAGAGCAUGCUGCCAGUCUACUGGCAUAA